GAUAAGGCAAUGGAAGUGACGAGGAAAAAGCGGUGGGAGUAAAGCUGUUUACGUGGUCCGAUACAGCUCUCAGCUUGCCACCACCAGUCUUCUCUUGACCUUCCUGUAAUGAAAAAUCUUCUAUCUUCCAUCUUCUUCUUCUUCUUCUUCUUCUUCUUCUUCUUCUUCUUAGUUUCUCUCAGUUUAUGGUAAUGAACAUGGCCACAGAACCGGCGUUUGUAAGAAAACCUGGUGGUACCGCAACAAGCUUGCUGAGCUCAAAAUGCAAAGGCCACAAAACGAGGAUUUCUUCACAUUCUACUGUUAGAGCUUCUUAUUCCCAGGAUGAAGACAAGAACAAGGUCUACAAACAACUGGGACUAUUUGCAUUGAAAAGGAAGAUUGAAGAUGCAGUUCUCCGCGCCGAAUUGCUGGCGCCGGUGGCGCUCGAAGUUGAAGAGGCGAGACGGAAUAAACAGGAAGAAAUGAUACGGGCCUACGACCUCUGGGAUGAUCCAGCUAAAUCUAAUGAAAUUCUUGCCAAGUUAGCUGAUAGUGCCAAAGUAGUUGAUGCCCUAAAGGAUUUGACAUAUAAGGUUGAAGAGGCAAAGCUAAUAACCCAGUUGGCCGAGAUGGACGCUAUCAACUACGGGCUUUUUAAGCAAGCAUAUAAUGCAUCUCUAGACGUGAGCAAGGCUUUGGAUCAGUAUGAGAUGUCCAAGCUUCUUAAGGGGCCUUGUGACAUUGAAGGGGCAUGUGUAGUUAUUAAAGCUAGAUCUGAAGGCUACUCUGAGAUAUGGGCAAGUCAACUCUUAAGAAUGUAUACCAAAUGGGCGAAAAGGCAAGGGUAUAAAGGGAGAGUGGUUGAGAAGCGUUCUUCCAUGAAUGGCGGCAUUAAGUUGGCAACUAUUGAGUUUGAAUUUAAGUUUGCUUAUGGCUAUCUUUCAGGAGAAAGGGGUGUUCACCACAUGAUUAGAGGUUGUCAGGAUGGAUCUGCUCUGCAUGAGAGUGCCUCGGCAGUUGUGGAUGUUGUCCCGGUGUUCGUUGAAAAUGCAUUGGACCUUCAUAUCAACGAUGAGGAUUUGAUUAUCAAAUCGCCCUCGAUGCCUGAAGAAGAGCAAAGUGAUACUGGACCUUCAGUUUGCAUUGAGCAUAUUCCUACUGGCAUAAGUGUUCAAUCAGCAGGGGAGAGGAGACAAUUCGCAAAUCGGAUCAAAGCCCUUAAUAGACUGAAGGCCAAGCUUCUUGUGAUUGCACAAGAACAAGGAGUUUCGAGUGUAAGCGACAUAAAAAAUGAGGCCAUUAUUGAUUUGUGGCGAAAAGACACUAGGAAGUACAUGUCUAAUCCCCACAAGCUGGUAGAGGAUGUAAAAACUGGUAUUCAGCUUCCUGGUCUGAAUUCUGUGUUGGAUGGAAAUCUUGAACCCCUUAUUGCAGCUCAUAUUAGUACAAGACAAUCAAGUGAUAAGAUUUAGCCACAUAUUACUUGCCCUUGUGCUUGCAUGGAAAUGCAAAAUUUUGUUGAAAUCCAAGAGGAAAUUAACAUCUUUGAUUUGCCAA